GGGCGCGCGCGCGGCGCGUUCCCGGGGCAUCGCGGGCCUGGAAGCGGCGGGAUGGUCGGGGCCGCGGUCCGGCUGCUGCGCGGCGGCGCGCCGCUCUGCAGAAGCUUCCUGGCGUGCCCGUCGUCUUGGGGGGCUCCUCCGCAAGCCCAGAAGUCUUCUCAAUCCGAAGCGCUGCUCAACCUCCCCGCCAGCAAUGGCCUCCCGACCGGGCCCCUGCAGACGUUCACGGACGAGGAGUUGCUGAUGAAGAGCACAGUGAAAAAAUUUGCCCAGGAACAAAUCGCUCCUUUGGUCUCGACAAUGGAUGAAAACUCCAAAAUGGAGAAAUCCGUCAUACAAGGAUUAUUUCAACAAGGGCUGAUGGGCAUCGAGAUCGACAUGAAGUACGGGGGCACGGGCGCCUCCUUCUUCUCCUCCGUCCUGGUGAUCGAGGAGCUGGCCAAAGUGGACGCCUCCGUGGCCGUGCUCUGCGACAUCCAGAACACCAUCAUCAACACGAUGCUCAGGAAACUGGGGACUGAGCAGCAGAAGGCCACCUACCUGCCCAAGCUAGCCACGGAGCUGGUGGGCAGUUUUUGCCUUUCAGAGGCAGGUGCAGGAAGUGACUCGUUUGCUCUGAAGACCCGAGCUGAAAAGAAAGGGGAUUACUACGUGAUCAACGGAUCCAAAAUGUGGAUCUCCAAUGCGGAGUACGCAGGGCUCUUCCUGGUCAUGGCCAACGUGGACCCCAGCUCCGGCUAUAAGGGCAUCACCUGCUUCCUGGUGGAUCGGGACACCGAAGGCCUUCACAUCGGGAAGCCGGAGAACAAGAUGGGCAUCCGGGCCUCUUCCACGUGCCCGCUGACAUUCGAGAACGUCAAGGUCCCCCAGGCCAACGUGGUGGGGCAGGUGGGGCACGGCUACAAGUACGCCAUUGGGAGCCUGAACGAGGGCCGGAUUGGAAUCGCUGCCCAGAUGCUGGGAUUGGCACAAGGCUGUUUCGACUACACGAUCCCGUAUAUCAAAGAGAGGAUACAGUUCGGCAAAAGACUGUUUGAUUUUCAGGGGCUCCAACACCAAGUGGCUCACGUGGCCACCCAGCUGGAGGCCACGCGCUUGCUCACGUACAACGCGGCUCGGCUGCUGGAGGCCGGGAGGCCUUUCAUCAAGGAGGCGUCCAUGGCCAAGUACUACGCCUCGGAGAUUGCUGGGCUCACCACCAGCAAGUGCAUCGAGUGGAUGGGCGGCGUGGGCUACACCAAGGACUUCCCCGUGGAAAAGUUCUUCCGCGACGCCAAGAUCGGUACAAUCUACGAGGGCGCUUCAAACAUUCAGCUCAACACGAUCGCCAGGCGCAUCGAUGCCGAAUACUGACCCCGCGGACGGGGACUCCCUCUGACGCCGCCAACCCUUGUGCCUUACCGUGGGGGGCAGGAAGACUCCCCCACACUCAGUGUUUUAGUGACAGGAAGAUUCCCCCACACUCAGUGUUUUAGUGAAGCCGCCCAUGGUAGUUUCUGGGCUUGAGAUCUUCGCGUUUCUCCUUUCCUGUCCGUUUCUCUUCAGCUGUCCUUUGAGGAAUGGGGGAGGAAGGCAGCCUUGUUUUUCCGGAAUGGCUACAGGCCGGCUUCCCUGCAGCAUCAGGGUCCGAGAAGCAGGGCUGGAGCCCUAGGUCAGCGGGUAGGGCACUUGUCUUGCCCGGGCUCGAUUCCCAGGAUCCCAUAUGGUCCGCUGCGCCCUGCCAGGAGUAAGCCCUGAGCACUGCUGGAUGUGGCCCCCAAACCAAAAACAUUUAAAAAAAAAAAUAAAUUAUCAGUAUUUGGACAAGUGAAGACACUAAAGGUGUCACUCACAGACAUGUUUGGGUUUUUGGUUUUUUGUUUUCAUAUUCUUGAUUGCAGCAGUCAGAGUUGGCCGGUCCAGAGAACAGAUUGCUUCUAAGUUCCUGAACUAAGUAGGAACGUAUAAGAAAAUAUUUAGAGAAGCCCAAGUUCUAGAUACCUGGAAACAGAUAGGAAAGGAGCCACACAGCUGUACGAGAGAAUGUCGCAAGGGAAGGGAACGCCCCGGUACAGAAAUCAGGCCCUCAGCGGCCACUUACAGACGAGAUUCUGCCUUAGUUUCUGCGUAGCAAGUGGAAGGAUUCGCUUGAGUAAGCCAAGUAUUUUCCAGUAUUUUCCGUUCAGCCAUGCUCUGCCUUCCACCAGCCGAACUCUCUUGGAACUGAAUCCUCGUUCCUCCCGCUUCAUGGUGGAACUUUAUCACGACUUCAGAGUUUAGCAACGGGGCCAGGGGUGACACUCUAGGCCCGGAACGAAGACUUUGCCAGCUAGAGGUCUGGGCUCGACCCCAGCACCCUAGGGAGUGACCCUGGAGACCGCUGGGUGCGGCCAGAGACCAACAGGAACUGAGGUUUGUGUGGAGGGCGCUGUGGAGUGUGGAGGGCGAGACCCAGGCUGAACCUGGCCCUGUUUCAGGCGUGUCAGUCACGUGUAGGGGUGAGGCUCCCUGGGGAAGCCACGUUCCUGCUUCCAUCGCUCGUGCCACAAAAUGCAUCAAAGAAGUAAAUAAAAAUAACUUGACAGUUCAAGAAGCAAAUCCGUGUCUGUUGUCCUA